AUGGCCAGCGAAAACAAGUCCUCGGACAGCAGCGCCGACUACACACUUCAUUACUUUACCUUUUCACUGUACUCACUGAUGGUCCGGUUCGCUCUCGAAUUGGGGAGACGGCUCAACAGUGACAAUGCGCCGCAGGUGCAGUUGAAAUUUGUCAACCUCACAACGCAUGAGAAUCUAUCCGAGCAAUAUCUCAGUACAGUCAACUCCAAAGGCCAGGUGCCUGCUCUGACGUCGGAUACACUCGAGUCGGGACUUGGUGACAGCCAAGCAAUCGCCAAGUGGCUAUGCGAGAAGCAGCCCGAGCUGCUUCCUGCCGCCCACAAGGACACCAUUGACAGGAUGAUGGAGAAGCUAUAUCACUUUCAUCUCAAGGCACUCAACAUUGCGCCGGAAGCGGCGAGCAAUGGCAUACCAAACGUGGCAGCGGCCAUGCUCGAAGACGCCAGCAUCUCAGACAAGCACCGACGGGCUCUGGAGAUCAAAUCUAUCUUCCAUGAUAGCCUGCAUAGCAGGACGACAGAGGCCGAGCACAUUGAGCAGGUAGAGAGGCAUGUAUCCAAGUUCAUGGCGGAGCUGGCGGACAUUAUUGAGAAGCACAAGGAAGAGGGCUCACGGUGGAUAUUCGGGCCGCGACCAACUAUUCUGGAUGCAUACGCCUCGGCGCUCAUGAUUCGGCUACUGGACAAUGAGCGACUAGAGCUGCUGCCUCCCGCGGUGCAGGAGUACGCGAGAGCGGUGCAGAGUUCAGACGAAUGGAGACAGGUGACGCACGGGCGCCCGACAGUGUACGAUGCGUCGGCAAUGGGCCCUGCAGACGAGCUGGAUCCCAAGUGA